CGUGUGUCCGGUCGCGGAGAAGUCGAUCUCGCGUAACGGGAGACGUUCGAUCGAGGGACAGCCGAUCCCACUUCGACCGCCUAUAAGAAGAUGUCGCAGAAAGGAGAGGAGGCCAGUGUCACGUGUGAAAACGACAUGUCAGCGUCGAAAAGCAGCUCCUUGUUGCGUCUGAAUCAGGAGGACCGUCGCGGCUCCGCCGAUUGGCAGGAUCAGGACACCGAUUCCGAGAUCAGCGACACCGAUUUCCUCACCAAGGGUGCCUUUCUACUGACGCCCAGCCACGACCUCAGCAUCGAGAAAGCGGCCACCAUUUGCGAGAAAAUGAACUUUCGCGGCGCGUUCUCCUUGACGAAGACGGCGACCGGUAUACUCUUCAAGUUCAGCAACAUCGACGAUUUUCAGGCGGUCUACAAAAAGGGCUUCCACAAAGUCACCGGGACACGGUUCUACAAGAAGGUCGCCAUACCCUGCAGACCCGCAAAGACGUUCACCGUCUGCGUUUUGGACGUACCUGAAGAAUUACCCGAAGAGGAUAUUAGGCACGCUCUCUACAAGUAUCGGUCCAUAGUCGAAGUCACUAGGCUGCCCCUCAACACGGGCGCUGUUUUGAAAGCGAUCAACGACAAGCUGAAAAGCGACGCUCACAGCCAGAACGAGCCGGCGACGAUUUACACGGGGCCACCCGUUAUAAGGGUUACCCUGGCCAACAUGGAGGAGACCACGAUGCUGUUGAGCCGCGGUCUGGAUUUUUAUGGGGCCACAUAUUUCCCCACCGAAACACUCCACCCGGCUGCUCAACCCUUCGCCAAAUACAAAAACAACAGGUGGCUCGAGUUGGCGGCCAUUGGCGCCGGGCAGAGGGUCAGAGAUCUACUUCCGGUGUUCGACAACGCGGGUUUCAACAAAUUGUCACCCCCGGCCAGCCGGAUGAUAAAACCGCAAAAAAACUGAAGCGUCUCCGCGAUUUCUUUCGCCCAUCCCUCGAAAUCCAACAUGGAGCUUUAUCGAACUCCGGGCUGAGAGUAUCAAGGAACAAUUCGGGAGGAUCAAGGAUAAGUCGAGACGAGCAGGGAAUCCUGCAUCCGUGGUAACGAAACCAUUUCGGGGUAACGCUGUCUUAAUUUGACGACCCUGCACAGUUGUUAGACUAACUCGAUAAUAAGCCAGGUAGAACGAUCUUGGCUAGAAACUUUUUUUUAUGGAAAGAUGUUCGGUUUUCUGUCCUCUUAUGGUAAAUCGCACGUCUCGUAUAAACUAUCACCAAAGACGAACGUCUAUCGUUCAUAUUUUGGGUCCAAAAACGAACAAGAAACACUAAAAUCGAUUUUCACAGGGUAAAUAAUUUUUAUCUAACUUCACUACCUCAAAUGUAAUAUAGUUCACUGAAUGUUCGUUUUCCCAAUGCAAUAUCGUUUGCAAAGAAAGUUCUACGUGGUUAUUCCUUCCAAUAAAACAUGUUCCUAUUUUUCCCUGUUCUCUUUUUAUAAAAGACUAAUAUUUAAUUGCAAUAAUAAAACGCUGUUCCUAUUCAAACUUUGCUGUUCAAAUUGUAGAAUAAUAGGUCUAUCGAACGUGAAAGCGUGGAAGUAAACUUGUGUAAAUUGAAAAGCACGAUACACGAAGGCAGAUG